CAGCGUUUUCAGCUUUGUCGUUUUGAUGUCAAAAUAAUCCAGUGACCUUAUACCUAGUUCAUUUUACUCCGGUUUGUCUCGUUAGACUUGAGAAGCUCAACGCAGAAGCUCGGAAAGGGAUCUGUGUAUCUAAGAUCAUGGCAGGGCCAGGAAGUUCCAUGCUUUACUCCUUUCUUUUGUUCACUGUUAUUCUUUCACUUCAAGAGAUGUAUAGAGGAAAAUUAGCAUCAACAGAGCUAUUUACUAUACUCGGAGGCUUUAUCAGUUCUAUCCUAUUUCUUGUGCUGCUAACAUUCCUUGGGAAUUUCCAGGAAACGUGUGGCUUGAAGACUGGAUGGGGCACAGUUGUUCUAGCAGAAGCUGUUGCUCUAAUUGCAGCUGGCACUGUUCAUCGAGUUUGCAUCACAACAUGUUUCUUGUUCUCAGUGGCACUACUGUACGAGGUCAACAAACUUUCAGGGACGAUACUAGCUAAAAGUGAAUCUAAAACAAGAAGGCACUAGGGGGAUGGCAUAAUAUAAUGAUAUUCAGUUUUAUCAUCUUACCAUGCUUUGUCUAAGUGACUUGAUAUCCAUUAGUUAUUUAUCGGCAGUGCCAAAUCUGGAAUUGUUCAUCUAUAUGGUUCCAGAAGAUCUUAGAUGGAACUUAUUUUUCUGCUUUCUUGAAGAAAAAAUAUAGUAAAUUUUGUUAGAAUAUUUUUGCUUCUGAAGUUAUUUCUGCUUCUGUGAUUCA